AUGGACGUUGAUUUGAGAAAUUUAUAUUAUGGAAGAUUUCUUGUGGAACAUAUUUACGGUACUGGAUAUAAUUGUCCCGUAAUUGAAACAACAAAGCCAGCUAUUAAUGAAGUUAUUGAUCCUUCAAUCACGAUCAAAUAUACCAUUCCAGUGAAGUUAUCUUUCGAUAUUUCUAAUAAAUGA